GACUUUGAGUGCAUUCGCGGUCGGCUGCCUCAGGCCUUUUCUCCCGCCCGCACUGUUCUCAAGGCCAUUGUCCGCUGCCAUUGUCGUUGACGACGACGCCGAGCACUGCGAGACGGCCGUGCUGACGGAGACAUUCUUCAUUCCAUGUCAUCCCCGAUCGUUUCAUUUUAACCGCGGACUUUACCGCCCUUUCAACUUUGCUUCCUUCACCGCGCAAGAUGCUCGACAUGUCCUCCUCCUCGACGACUUCGACGACGAUGGGCUCUCCUCCGCGCGCGCACUCGAAGCACGCGCCCGUUCCACUCCUGCUCUCGUCGUUCCCGACGCCGCCGACACAUAUCCCUACGUCUCCGCUCCCUACUCCUUCUAUCAUGUCUUCUCCGGCCACGCCUCCCUUCCUCAGCCCUAAUCCGCCUCCAUCCCUCCCGCCGUCUUCGCCCUUGCCCCCUCUGCCGGGUCCGUCUCCUAUUACGGAACAGGAGACGCUCAUGUUCAUGUCCACCCGCUCCCGACGGUCCUCCAAGCUCUCGCAUACCUCGUCUAUCUAUUCCAGACGCGACUCGACGGCCAGCUCAGCCAGCGGCGGCUCCGCGUCAGUCUCUCCCUCACCUGUCAGCCUCGGAAAGCGAGAGUCCAUCAUCUCUGUCAACUCUGUACGUUCCUUCGCGUCCUCAAUCGGAUCUCUCUCUGUUCCCGCCCCGCGUCGCUUCCCUCGGUCUUCCAGAGACAUCUCACCCACACUGUCCUCGCGUCCCAUAUCCGAAGAGGUUUCUGAAGAGUCAUACGGCACGCCUGUCUCCUCUGCGGUGGCGAUCGACCUUUCGGACUCGUUGUCAGCAGGCGAAGAUGGCAUCGAGAAAGUCUUACAAGUCCAACCUCUGUCGUCUUCACCCCUAUUGCCAUCCCCGCUUUCUGCUCCCGAGACCGGUCCAGACGACUCGAUAGCCUCCCUGUCUAUGAGUGACCUUCCCAGCGAUGACGCGCCGCUGGAGGAUGAUCUGGAUCCGGAUACUGAAGCCCAAAUCCUCCACCUGGAGAUGCGCGCUUCCCGAUCAAAGAGCGACCGACACAAGCGCCGCCUGAUCAACGCUGCAGAGACCAUUCGCGCGCGGUCGCGUUCCGCGAGCCGUAGUCGUAGCGCGAGCCCUAAACGCGCUCGUCAAUAUCUCGUCAAAGAAGAUGCGCCGCCCUUACCGUCUCAAUCUGCGUCCUCGACAACCUCGGAUGACAGAUCACGUGCUGAUCAGCAUCGGUCUUUGCGUUCCCGCAGCCCUGAUAUAAAGACCAUCAUCCAGAGGACGCCUCGUCCUCGUCGACGCCCAUCGUCCACCUUCUCAGCUUCCUCUCGAUCCAAGUCCCGGAGACGCAGUGACGCGCCCCCGAUCGGUUCAACACCCCGAACUCCCGCCGCCUCCCGACCUACGAGCGACGGGUCUGCCAUUGGCGGCCGGCCGGUAUCGCCCAGCGAGCUUGCGUACAUGAAGGACUAUAAUGCGUCUGUUGUGGGUCUAGACGGGCACGGGGACGUCGACAGUUUGGAAGGCGACGACAUCGACAGGUUAGAGGAAGAGCUAGAGGGAGGUGCAAGUGAUUCAGACUCGAGCAUCGACCUGCAUACCCCACUACCGCACCUCAUGCUCCGUGACGGUAUGCUCUCCCCCAAUUCGAGACUCUUACCGGGAAUGGCGCGCACGCCCUCCCCCUUGUUACCGGCUGGCGGCCGACCGGGGAGUAUGUUGUCCACGGCCGGAUCUGUUAUGACCAAAAGCGGUAUAUACAAAGACGAACGGGACACUGAACGCAGGAGAACAAGGCAUCGGGAUGGUCGAUUGCUUAAAGGUGGGCUUGGUCUGACGACGGGCCUGGGCUGGAGCGACAGCGAGGACGAAGAUGCGCCGUCUCCCCUGACCAGGCGGAUCUCGUCCAUGACGAUCAGCGGCAGCGUGUCUCGCAAGUCCUCCGCGUCCUCCGUGCGCUCGAACCCGCAUCCGCUUUCGCGGUCCGUGAGCGGUCCGCCAACGCCCGAGAUACGGCAGCGGACGAAGUCCCGUUCAUCCCUGCCGCCUACGUCCUGGCAGAAACGCGCUCUCAACAAUGAUCCCGCUCAUCUCAGCACCGGCAGCACGAUCUCCAAUGCAUCUUUAGCUUUGAGCAUCCCAGAGGAUACGUCGUCCACCUCUCGUGACACCUGGCCCAGUGAUGGCUCCGUCCCAUCUACGAAGCGCGGGCGUACAAGGGAUAAAGAGAGCGACAUACUCCUGACCACUCCUUCGACGUCUUCUACUUAUAGUAUGCCCGUUACUCCCUCGGAUGCUACUCCGUCGCCAUCGACGAAACCCUGGGAGAAGAAAGCUCUCCCGGCCUUACCAAGGAUGCGGUCAAACACUAGCCUGCGUUCAGCUGCUGGUGCCGGCGGUGUAUCUGCGGUCCCCGUUCCGCGUGGAAGAACAGUGUCAGCGGCGCCGUCCAUGUCAUCUAUCCCUUCAAGUUCGUCAACGCCUCUGCCUGGUCGAUCAGGUCGUACCAGCGAUCCGAUCCCCUCUGUGCCACCAGUGCCUAGUUUACGGUCCUCUACGUCCUCGAUUCGGUCACCCAGUACCCCUCGACCUCUGAAACUGGCGCAAGCUCGAUCUCAGAUACUGCCGAAGGCGAAUGCAAGUACGGAAUUAUCGCAGACGCUCUCGAGAUCGACGGGACCCUCAGGGAUCUCGCAACGACAGUUAUCGCGAGUGCCGUCGAUGUCGCGCAUGGCGCGCCCGUCGUUCACGACGGCGUUGACUCAGGGAGACGCCGCUGCCAAGCCGAAGCCGCGUACUGGUGCAGGUAUGGUGUACCGGAGUAGCUCGAAUCCAACUGGCAGUGCGAGCCGGUUGCGUCUGCCGGCCCAGAGCAACGCGUCGAGCACGUCUCUUGCUCACGAUCUUCCUUCCGAUAAUGUCGCCAUCGGCAUCGCCAUUUGAUUGUAUUUUCCCCCUUGUCUAUCGUAGUCGUAUGUAUUUUUCCUCUCGCGGAACUCAGAUGUCAGGUCUUCAACUUCCGGUUAUACACUUGGCAUUCGCAAUCACACUCGUUACCCGUUCAUGCAUUAUAACUUGGAUUUCGCUAUUCUGAUAUACCCCGUUCAUUCCUGGCACUAAAGGUCGACAUCUCGGGGGUUCAGAUAUACUAGCGUGUAUAAUACGGUAUUUAUAAUAGACGUGCGCGCGCGUUGUUGUGUCGAUUACGAGACCGGCUCUUCGGGGUCCGCGAAGGGAGU